ACGAGCACUGAUUAGCUAAGUCUCUGUUGGAUUACACAAGCUUUGACUUUGACUGCUUUACUGGAGGGGUUUAUAUAUUAUUAUGGGUUAUGCACUGAACAGAUAUACACUCACUGGACACUUUAUUAAGUACACCUUACUAGUACUGGGUUUGACCCUCUUUUGCCUUCAACAAGCUGCUGGAAACAUUCAUCAGAGAUUUUGGUCCAUAUUGGCAUGACAGCAUCGCACAGUUGCUGCAGAUUUGUGGGCUGCACAUCCAUGAUGUGAAUCUGCCAUUCCAUCACAUCCUAAAGAUGCUCCAUUGAAGUGAGAUCUGUUGACUGUGGAGGCUAUAUGAGUACAGCACACUCAUUGUUAUGUUUAAUAAACCAGAUUUAGAUAAUCUGAGCUUUCUGACAUGGUCUGUUAUCCUGCUACAAGCAGCCAUCAGAAGAUGUGUACACUGUGGUCGUAAAGGAACAGUAAAGCAAAAAUACUCAGGUAGGCUGUGGAGUUUAAACAAUACUCAGCUGGUACUAAGGGGCUCAGAGUAUGCCAAGAAAAUAUUGCUCACACACCAGUAAACAUUCACCAGCCUGAAUCACUGAAAAAAACCCCAGGAUGGAUUCAUGCUUUUAUGUUGUUUAUACCAAAUUCUGACAUUAAAUCCAAAUGUCACAGCAGAAACUGACACUCAUCAGACCAGAAAUCAUUUUUCUGUGUGAACUGUAGCCUCUUUUUCCUGUUCUUAACUGACAGGAGGGGCACUCAGUGUGGUCUUCUGCUGCUGUGAUCCGCAAUUUGAUUCUGCAAAAUUUGGUUAUAACAAGUAUUUGUGUGCAUGUCAGCUUGAAGCAGUCUGAACAUUCGUCUCUGACAUCAACAAGGCAUUUUUACCCAGAGAAGUGCUUCUCACUGAAGAAUUUCUCCUUUUUGGACCGUUCUCUGUAAAUCCUAGAGAUGGUUGCAUGGGGAAAUGCAGUAGACGAGCAGUUUGUCAAAUACUCAGCCAAGCUUGUCUGGCAUGUCAUGUUCAAAAACUCACAUAAAACAUGUUUCUUCCUCAUUCUGAUGCUGUUUGAACUUCAGCAGGUCGUCUUGACCAUGUAUACAUGCCUAAAUCCACCAAGUUACUGCCAUGUGACCGGUUGAUCAGAUAUUUGCGUUAACGUCCAGCUGAGCAGGUGAACCCAACAAAGUGGCUGGUGAAUGUAUUGUAUACAUUUCAGAAUACCACAUGGUGAGAAAUGGAAUCCAUCAAAGUAUAAAAACCUAUUUAUCAAUUGUUUCCUUUCUGGGUUUCCAUCAUGUCAUAUUGCACUUAUAUAUAGCUUAUCAUGACUGACUUCUUCUCGGAGGCCUGUAUGUUCACAUUUAAGGUGAGAAGUUUUCCAUUUCACCACAGUCGAAUCACUCUUCUGCUGUCAACCCGUCAUCAUUCAGCACAGUAACCAAACAUCAACUACACCGUUCUUCAGGAAACACUUGUGCACAGCACGGGACAAUUUGUAGUUACAAAUAUUGUAAACAAAUCAAACAAACGUCAAAAUGUGUUUUUUUUAAAUGGCAUUACACACAUCUUUGAAUAAAUAGUUUAUAACAAGAAGAAUUUCAGUCAAACAGUAUAACUCUUAAGUAUUAAUGCAUCCCUUGUGCAGCGCAUACAUUUGAAAACUUCAGUGUGGCCUCAUUCAGUCAGAGAGGGAAAUUAUUGUGGGAUAAAAAUGAAGGAUUGCAGUGUCACAUGCCACAGAGGAGAUGUGUAUUUUUUUGAGUGAUAUUUACAUAAAUUUACAAAAAAUUGGCACGGCGAGGGAUGGCUGAGCGCUGUAAGCAGAAAUGAAGACCAUUUUCCAACAGUCACAACAGUCCGAGUCCCUUUUGAUUUUUGUUUUCUUUUACAGCACUAGAUUAGUGACAAAUCCUAAACGAAAUAUAACAGCCAACUCCACCAGGCUAUAUACAGUAUGUGUACCUUACAUUAAAUAACAGCUAAGUACUCAGUUAACCAAAAGCUGUGCUCUUCUACAAAAGACAGUCAUAAUAAGUUAACAGUGUAAACAUUAAGAGAAUGAAUGAGAACAUAGCACACCCCCAGGAAUUUCAUCAUAAUCGGAGGUUUGGCAAUUCUGGGUCUAGACCAGAGGAAGGCCAAAUACAAUCUGAAGGAGAGGUGAGAAACAAAUGAAUUAAUCAAGUCUGACAUGUUUAUAUAUCAGAUGUUCCUUUGAAUUUAAUGUGAGGUGGCAGCUUACAAACACUAUAUGGUGGGUUUCGAGGUCAUGGGGCCUCCCAGUGACGACUGGGAGAAAACUGAAACAAGAAGCUACUAUACAAAUUUAACAUACCUGAAAUCAUCCAUGUAGGAGUGACAGAAAUAAGCAGAAAGAAAAGAAAAAAGGAAAAGUAGUUCAAUUCUUUAAACAAAUAAUGGUGCUAAUAAUGGUAACAAUUACUUGGACCUUGCAGAGAACUUCAUUUUCUCUAAUUUAUUCAAGAAAAAGAAGCAAUGAACCCACUGUGUGAAGGUACAGUAUGUGUGAUGGCAAAACUAUAACAAAGGUUUGCCAAAGCACAUGAUAAGCAUAAAAGUAAGUCACCAGCAUAUUGUAAAAGUUCGUAAUCCUAACCCUUUCAUACAAUGACUCAUACUAUAACAAGGCUAUCAGGGCUGAUAGAAGUAUUUUCCUGUCGGUCAUUGCUUUGUUGUCGUUACCAUUGCAUCAUAAUGAGCUUCUGCUUUUGCAGCUGCACUUCACUGCCAGAUCCACUUUGUUAGCUUCAACUGAGGUUUGCUGAAUAUGUGUGAAACCCUCUCUAUAGGAGACACUGGGAAAGCACCAAGAGUGUCUAAAGAAGCAGAGAGAAGCAGUCAAAUAUAGGCUGAAGAAACUCGCAGCACGACAGUCAGAAAUCACAAGAAAGUCCUCAGUGAUAAGGAAGAGUAUCAUUCGGAAAUAUCAAGAAAUCCAAGCUGUCCUGGAUGAGGACCUGAGGAUUACCCUGUCCCACCUGGAGAUGGAAGAGCGGGCUGCUGUCUCUGCCUUGGAUGGGCUCAUGGAGAGGAACUGUUCUCUGAUCCAGGAGAUAGAGCAGGACCUGGCUAGACUCACUUUGGCACUGGACCAAACGGACACAGAGCCUGAUACAAUGUCCUUCUUUUCAUACCCUGAACAGGAAGACAUGGAAACAGCAGACAGAGUGAUUGAUCUGCUAAACCAAACAGACCCAAGCAGUGUGAGUCUGGAUGAAGCUAAAGCUGAGCAGAUCAUCAGCCUCACCAAUAACAUGCUCCUGCUCAUCUGCUCCCAGACCCCGAUGAUCAAGAAACUCAUCAAGAGCUAUUCCAGCGAGGUGUGCCUGGAUCCGGAAACAGCCCACCCAAAGCUGAUCAUCUCUCCCCAAGGCGAUAGUGCCACAUAUACGGACACCUGGCAGCAACUUCCUGACUUACCUGGACGCUUUGACACUACCCUCAAUGUCAUCAGUUUGCAGGGCUUCAGCUUUGGUCGCCAUUACUGGGAAAUCGAUGUAACUGGGAAGACUUACUGGGAGCUCGGUGUCACCUACCCCAACAUUCCUCGAAAGGGCACAACUGAGGACUGCUGGCUCGGCCGCGGGCCUGAGUCCUGGUGUGUGGAGUUUUUUGAUGGCGAGUAUACGGCCUGGCAUGGAGGCGUUCCGCAUCAGCUGCCUUUCACGAAGCGUUUCUGCCGGAUUGGUGUUUUGUGUAGUUUUCCUGCAGGGCUGGUGAUGUUUCUCGAGGCGGACAAAAUGACACCCCUGUUUGCCUUCUGCACGGGAACCUUCUCAGACUGCCUCUACUUAGCUGUCUGCCCUGGUCAUGAUCACAAUGGCAACAAUGCAAAACCUAUUGUUAUCUGUAACCCUUCAUCUGCCAACAGGGAUCUCUGAUUUACUUCACAGAAGAGCUGUUGAACGGUUACUUUCUAAGCUGCUACUCCACAAUAAGGCAAAAAUAU